AACAGCCGAUUGGUUGAACCGACGCUAAUUACGCCUCGGUAUUCUCCACCGACGCUUUCGUCCCCAAGAAGUCGGGUCGGCGACGCCCUCAAAAUGCAGAUGUCGAUGCCGAUCCGAUCGCGGAGGAGGGCGAUUCAUUCGGGAGCCAGUCCCUCUUCCGUCAUUCCGCUUUAUGAUCUCGUUCUCAUCGCCAUGAGUAUAAAGCUGCGAUUUUGAUGAGAGAUCUGGGCUAAAUUUAGAUCCCAUUUCCGAGGGGCAACCGCGGAUCGGCAGCGGUCGGGAGGGACAGAUAUCCAGAAGUCGGAGCGUAAUUGGCCGGGAGAUGAGCAGCGGCGAAGAUCCCGUGAAACUAGACGAUGAGCAACUGGCGGAGCUCCGUGAGAUCUUCCGCUCCUUCGACCGGAACAACGACGGGAGUCUCACCCAGCUGGAGCUCGGAUCCCUCCUCCGCUGCCUCGGCGUCAAGCCCGGCGGGGAUCAGCUCGAGGCCCUGAUCCAGAGGGCCGACACCAACGCCAACGGCCUCAUCGAGUUCUCGGAGUUCAUCGCCCUCGUCUCCCCCGAUCUGGUCGCGGCCCGGUCGCCCUACACGGAGGAGCAGCUCCGGCGGCUGUUCGGGAUGUUCGACCGCGACGGGAACGGGUACAUCACGGCGGCGGAGCUGGCGCACUCGAUGGCGAAGCUGGGCCACGCCCUCACCGCCAGCGAGCUCACCGGCAUGAUCAAGGAGGCCGACCACGACGGCGACGGCCGCAUCAGCUUUAAGGAAUUCUCGCAGGCGAUCACCUCUGCUGCCUUCGACAGUUCGUGGUCCUGAAUCCAUCUCAUUAAAUUACAUUACAUUACAUUACGUCUAUCUUUAUGGUUCUAUUUCUUGUUUGUUUGUAGAUCUCCAUUAAUAAAAAUCCAAUUUUCUGCUGCUCUGUUUUUUCUUAA